GAAUUGCGUAAAAAUCUUGAUACUCCAUCAACUAUCUUUCUCGUUAAUGAUGAUGAUAUGAAAUCAUCUAUUCAUUUAAUUCGAAUUUGUGACAAACAAUUAAAACAACAACAACAACAACAACAGCAAAUUCAACGUCCUUGUACACCUGUAAUUCGAACGCUCGAGCAUCGUAUGCAUAAUAUUAAAGACUCUACUUGUAUCAUUAAUGAAAAAUUUGGAGACAUUGACGGAAAGGCCACUUUAUCUGAAGAUAAUCUUCUUGUUACUUGUUGUUUAGUAUCUAUAUUAACACAACCAAUCAUUUAUGGUAUUAAUCGAUAUUCUACUGGAAAACAUCAAAUUCGUUUUCGAAUCGAAAAGAUGGGAGAUUUACGUUUAUUUUUUGGAAUUAUUAGAUCAUUAGAAAAUAUUAGUAGAUCAGGUCAAGCUCAGAAUAAUAAUAAUUCUCUUUAUGGUUGGUGGGAUCUUAAUGAAGCUAUUAUAAAUGGAAAAGUACAAACAACUAAGUAUAGAAAUAUUGUAUCAACAGGUGAUGAACUUACAUUAAUAUUAGAUUGCGACAAUAAACAAGUUCAAUUACAACAUCAUCGAACAAAAAGACUAGCACAACUUUUAAUCGAUCUGAAUAAAUGUCCAUUUCCAUGGAAAAUAGUCAUCAGACUUCAAUCAGCCGGUGAUUGUGUACGUAUUCUUCAGUAA